AUGAAACCAUCUCAAUUGGUACAGCCAACCGCAUCAUACGGCUCUAGUUAUCAAUACAAUUUCCUAUUAGAUAAAUGUAAAAGUAUUAGUGAUAUAAUUACUGGAGAUAUAUUAACAAAUGUAAUUGAACUUGUUCAACAGCUUAACUCUAUUAUUAGUGAACAAAAACAUUACCAAAUUGCCGUAGAGAAAUGGUUGGCACGGUGCCUUCCUUUUGAGAAUGAAAAAGAGAUUUAUGAAUUUGUUAAAGAAUUUAAAAUCUCAUCAACAAUUGAACACAAUAUGUUAACCAAACUUAAUUCAAGUAAAUGGAAUAAUAUUAGAAAGAAAGGAAAUCAAAACGUAUUCACUCCUAAAGUACAAUUAACAAGAUCAGUAACUGACUCAUUAGAAAAACAAAGAAUGGGUUCAAAUAUAAAUUUUUCUGAUGAAAGUCCACAACUUCCAAAUGAAACAUACGUUCCUUCAAGAAGUGCAGACAAUUGCAUAGAACCACAAAAAGAAGUUAGUCUUCAAUUAAAUGCAAAAAGUUUUGUUCCAAAGAGAAAGAAACAACAAAUAGAAUUUGAAAAUGCUGAUGUUGUUGCUGAUUUUCUUGGAGAAGAAGUUAUUAACGAACCAACAAAAACUGAGCCUAAAGAAGAACAACAAACAAAACAAGUUGCUAUUAAAUAUUCUUUUGGUAGUAAAUCAUUUGUUCCAAGAAAUAAAGUAAAUGUUCCUCAAUCAUCAAGAAGUCCAUCAUCAUUUAAUUUUUAUAGUAAGAAGUUUAUACCAACAACAAAAAGAAAACAAAUGAUUAUUCAACCAGAUUCUGUAGCACAAGAAUUUAUUAAUUCUCAUAUUAAUGAAUUAAAAGAAGUUCUUCAUUGUGACCAAAUGAAUUUAAUUUAUAAUGGAACUAAUUUUGUUGGACUUGAAAAGAUUAUUGAUUUAGAAGAUAUUGUUAUUGUCUUUAUUACAGAAAAUGAUAGUUUUGGAUUCCAAAUGAAUGGUUCUAAAAAAAUAACACCAUUUAUUCUUCAAAACCCAUUUGAUCUUAUUCCUGUUAGAUUUGAUCCAAAAGUAGAAAUGAACUUUAAUAUAGAACUUAAUAUAAAACAUGAAAUAAUGGAAGUUUGGCACUUUAUCCGAUUAACAGGAACAACAGCAUUUAUUUCUGAUGAUUUUAAUGAAUUUUAUAAUGACCCAACGGAAAUUGGGUCUGAUGUUUUUACAGGAAGUCAUCAACCAGAUACUUUUAAAGUAUCUCAUUUCCUUGCAUUUUCAACCAUUUAA